AGCCGGUUCCCCUUCUGCCUACUAAUGUGAUGCUGGCUUGGAAAUGUCUCAUUCUAGGCAUUCAGAAUCUCCAACCUUUCGCAACCUCUCCAUUCCUUUCUCUUUGUGUUCAGUCCUUGUCAGAGCUGAAUAACUCCAAAAUGUCCCUUCGGCUCUUUCUAGAUGGGCUAUAAAGCACUCUGUGUACAGGUCGGAGGACUCAAACCUUCCCAGCCAUGAAGUCCGUCGGUCCCUUCCUUCUGGUGCUUCUUGCCUUCUGGGGUGAGCUGGCAUCUGUGUCUGGUCAGAAGAGCCCAGGUACAGUCAAGCCUGGCACAUGCCCUGCUCUGACCCCAACCAAUGACACGCUGUGUGGCCAGUUCUGCUCCACGGAUGCCAGCUGCCCAGGGGACGAGCGCUGCUGCGAGAGCAGCUGUGGGCAACAGUGCCUGCUCCCUCAUGAAGUCCACAGCGGAUACUGCCCCAAGGUGACACCCAACCCAGGCCAGAAGACGAAUUGCUUAGCAACUUGCAACACCGACGGGAACUGUGGCUCCCAAAUCCCCUUGCCAAUCAAGAAGUGCUGCAGUGACGGGUGCCGGAGGACUUGCGUGGUGGCUGAGGAAGAGCACCCCGGCGUGUGCCCCCGAAGGAAAGUGGUGCAAACCUUUGCCCCCUGCAACGACACUUGCAGAGAUGACAGGGACUGUCCCCUCACCCAGAAGUGCUGCUUCACCGGAUGCAGCCUUGGCUGCCUGGACUCAGUCCGCAGUGACCGAUGCCAACUGCCGCCUGAUGUUGGACCCUGCCUAGCAAUCAUGACACGCUACUUCUACAACCCAUCGCAGAAGAAGUGCUUCCAGUUUAACUACGGCGGCUGCUGGGGCAACAGCAACAACUUUAAGACAAAGAAGGAAUGUGAGAAGGCCUGUGGGAAAAUCAGUCCAGAGGUUUGCAAGCUGCCAAAGGAUCCUGGCAUGUGCUUGGGUUAUUCACAACAGUACUACUACAACUGGGCCACCAGGAAGUGUGAGAUAUUUGUCUACGGGCUCUGCGGGGGAAACGGCAAUCGGUUUCACACCAAACUGGAGUGCAUGAUGGUCUGUGGGAACGUAGGAAGGACCACUGAGGACUGAGUUACUUGAUAUGGUCAUUGCACGAAAGCAUCCGAACUGCAGGAGUGGAUGCCAAUGUGGCGUUGUGACCCCUCUGGUUGCCCCGUGGCACCGGCCUCCUCCCUCUGCCUGUGGAGAAGCUGCAGGAAUCACCUCCCCCUCUCUCCAAAAUAAAAGAAACUGGCCUU